AUGCAGGAGAUGCUGAAUGUGGGGAAUCAAGGAUGCAUUAAGUUGUUCAAAAGUGACUGUGAAGGCGAAGAGGGCAUCCAGACACGGGAGGUGAACUGUGUGCUCAAGGCGGACAGCUCAGCUGCCGACAACGCCAUCUGUGAGUACUUUGAGCCCAAACCCCGGCAGGAACAGGCCUGUUUAAUUCCUUGCCCUCAAGACUGUGUAGUGACCGAGUUCACCCCGUGGACCACGUGCUCCAAGACCUGCGGGCUGGGCCUGCAGAACCGCGUCCGCUCCAUCGUGGCGCCGCCGCUUUUCGGCGGGCUUCCUUGCCCCAAUCUGACGGAGUUCCAGACGUGUGCGCCAAGGGCCUGCGAGGGCAGAGAGAUGGUGUUCAGUCUGAAAGUGGGCGGAUGGAGCGAAUGCAAGCUGCCGUCUUUACCGCCACCUCCGACCUCCUCUGCCGCCCCCUCGCGCACCGCCCGCCAGGCCCGCCGGCGGAAAGGCAAAGAGAGGAAAGGGAACCGGGACCCGGAGAUGCGCGAGCUUAUUAAGAGCAAAAGGAACCGCAACAAGCUGAAUCGACUAGAGGACGAGCUCUGGAAUAUGGAAAUAGGCUACCAGUCUCGGCAAGUGGUUUGUGUGCAUCGAAACGGAAGCACGGUGUCACUCAGCCAGUGUCCCCACUGGAGUCUUCCGGAGACGUUCCAGUCCUGCCUGAUGACUAAAGACUGUGUGGUCAGUGAAUGGAGCGUGUGGGGCUCCUGCUCAAAGACCUGCUCAGACCCUAGUGUUCCUCAGGGCACACGCUCCCGCAGCAGACAGCUGAUACGGCUUCCUACCGGAGGAGGGUCUGAGUGUCCCCAGCUGGAGGAAAGCCAGGCCUGUGAACCUGAAGGGGACGGGGUGCCGCCCUGCGCCACUUAUGCCUGGCGGACCACUGAAUGGAACGAAUGUCGUGUUGAUGCACUGCUCAGCCAGCAGGACCGGCGGCGUGGGAAUCAGACGGGUUUGUGUGGUGGAGGUGUGCAGAGCAGAGAAGUGUACUGCUUCCAGGCCAAUGCAGAACUUCUCAGCUACAUCUAUAACAACAAAGACAAACAAGCAUCGAAACCCGUAGACGUUCAGCUCUGCAAGGGAACGACUCUAAGUACCACGCAGCUAUGUCACAUCCCAUGCCCUGUGGAGUGUGAAGUGUCCCCGUGGGGCGCCUGGGGGCCCUGCACCUUUGAGAAUUGCGAUGAACGCGUCGUGAAGAAAGGUGUCAAGUUCAGACGACGUACAAUCACUAAUUACCCCACGGGUGGCGAGGGGAACUGUCCUCAUCUGGUGGAGGUCAUCCCGUGUGAUGAUCCCAGCUGUUUUAGCUGGCAGCUGGUCAAGCUAGAGGAGUGUAUCCCUGAAGAAGACAUGGACUGUGGAGAGGGAACGCAGACUCCACAGGUCCGCUGCAUCAAAAGCGAAGGUACAGAGGUGGAGAAGGAGAUGUGUGUGGAUGAGGUCUACCCUUCAUCUGUGCCCUGUGUGGUUCCCUGCCCUAAAGACUGCGCUCUCAGUCUCUGGACCGAAUGGUCCACCUGCUCCCAGACCUGCUCCAGCAAAACCGCCGAGGGCAAGCAGAUGAGAACACGAGCCAUACUGGCAUACAAUGCAGGAGAAGGAGGUUCCAGCUGUCCGAACACCAGCACCCUGCAGGAGGUGCGGAACUGUAAUGAGCAUCCUUGCAUCGUGUAUCACUGGCAGACGGGCCCGUGGGGACAGUGUGUGGAGGACACCACUACAUCCAUAAAUUCCUCCUCCAGCGCAGAAAAAUCCACCUGCACCGUGGGUGUGCAAACGCGCAAGGUCAUCUGCGUAAAAGUCAACGUCGGGCAGGUACCGCCCAAAAAAUGUCCUGAAGCCCCUCGGCCGGAGUCAGUGAGACCCUGUCUGCUGCCCUGCAAGAGAGACUGUAUCGUCACACCCUUCAGUGAAUGGACUGAGUGUCCCACAUCCUGUGAAACAGGUACAAAUGCGCAGAAGAAUAAACAGUUUCGCUAUCGAAUGAUCAUCCAGAUGUCAGCUAAUGGAGGUCAGGAGUGUCCAGAUGUCCUCUAUGAAGAGAAAGAGUGUGCAACUCCAUCUGUCUGUCCAGGUUACAGGUGGAAAACGCACAAGUGGCGUAAAUGUCAGCUGGUCCCAUGGAGCAUCCGCAGAGACAGUAAAGGAGCUCAGGAGAACUGUGGAGCUGGAGUCCAAACUAGAGCUAUCUCGUGUAGGCAGCUGGAUGGUACAGUGGCUGAUGUGGUUCAGUGUCUGAAGUUUGCCAGCAGCAUGCCGGUUAUGAGCCAGCCCUGCCAGUUACUGUGCCGAGACGACUGCCAGCUCUCCAACUGGUCCAAGUUCUCUCCUUGCACCUCAGACUGCGUAGGGGUCCGUACGCGGAGGAGAGCUCUCGUGGGAAAAAGCAAGAAGAAGGAUAAGUGUAAGAACGGCCAGAUGUUCCCGCUGAGCGAGACCCAGUACUGCCCCUGUGACAAAUACAACGCCCAGCCGGUGGGAAACUGGUCUGACUGCAUCCUGCCCGAGGGCCGCGUGGAGAGCGCCGUGGGCAUGAAGGUCCAGGGAGAUGUUAAAGAGUGCGGACAGGGCUACCGCUACCAGGCCAUGGUGUGCUACGACCAGGACAACAAGCUCGUGGAGACGUCACGCUGUAACAGUCAUGGGUAUAUAGAGGAGGCCUGCAUCGUCCCCUGCCCGUCUGAUUGUAAACUCAGUGAAUGGUCCAACUGGUCUCGCUGCAGUAAAUCCUGUGGCAGUGGGGUCAAAGUUCGCUCAAAAUGGCUCAGAGAAAAGCCUUACAAUGGAGGAAGACCCUGUCCAAAACUGGAUCACCUUAACCAGGCACAGGUCUAUGAGGUGGUCCCAUGCGUCAGUGACUGCAGUCAGUAUAUCUGGGUAGCUGAACCCUGGAGUGUGUGGAAAGUCAGUAAUGUGGAUCUGAAGGAGAACUGUGGCGAGGGCGUUCAGACCAGAAGAGUCAGGUGUAUGUUGAACACAGUGGACGGUCCCACUGAUGCGGUGGAGGACUAUCUGUGUGAUCCAGAGGAGAUGCCACAGGGCACGAGGGAGAGCCGCCUGCCCUGUCCCGAGGACUGUGUGCUGUCCGACUGGAGCCCCUGGACCCCAUGUGACCUGCCUUGUUCUGGAAGAGGAGAUCGAGAGAGGACGGCGUUUGCCCUGCGUCUGCCUAAAGAGGGAGAGGACUGUCCGGUUAGCAUGCAGACCGAGCCCUGCCUCCUGAACCGCAACUGCUUUCACUACAGUUACAACAUCACCGACUGGAGCACGUGCCAAUUAAGUGCCAGCGCUGUGUGUGGAAUCGGUCUCAAGACGAGGAUGCUGGACUGCGUUAGAAGUGACGGCAAAUCUGUUGACCUCAAGUACUGCGAAGAGGUUUGUCAACCUAAAAAAUGGCAUAAUAGGGGCACUUUAAAUUGUAUUGUUCUCUGUGGAACUGAAGCUCAAACUCAUUUCUCUGUCUUAUGUCUCAACUCCUCAGGGAAGAUGUGGCGCAGACGGACGGUGGUUGAGGCGUCUCAGGGGGAUGGCAGGCCGUGUCCGUCUCAGAUGGAGCAGUGGAAGCCAUGUCCUGUGCGACCCUGUUACAGAUGGCAGUACGGCCCGUGGUCCGAGUGUCGUGUUGAGGAGGUGGUGUGCGGGGUGGGACUGCGUUUCCGGAACCUGUCGUGCUUUGUAUCAGACGGCUCCGGCGAUGGGAAGAGCAGCAUUGCAGAGGAAGAGCUCUGUGCUGGAUUGGAGCAGGCCGUCGACGGAGAUAAAAAUAUUAUUCUGGAGGAGACCUGCACUUUACCCUGCCCUGGUGACUGUUACCUGAUGGAGUGGUCCGACUGGAGCCCGUGUCAAAGUGUGUGUGUGAAGGGUCAGCGUUUGGACUUCACUCCAGUGCAGGUCCGUUCACGUGCCGUCAUCGCACAGGAACCGGAGAACAUCGCUCAGUGCCCCGAUCAGGAGUGGCAGUCCUGGCCCUGCAGCAUUGGUGAGUGUUAUGAGUACCAGUGGAUGGGCAGUCCUCAGCUGAUCUGGUGUCAGCGCUCAGAUGGAAUAAACGUCACAGGUGGAUGCCAUCCAGUGCUCCUGCCAGGGACGGACCAGUCAUGCGAUCCACCUUGUGACAAACCACAGACAUUCUGCUCAGAGGAGGGCGUAUGUAUGUGUGAGGAGGGCUAUACCGAGGUGCUGACGGCCAAGGGGAUGCUGGAGCAGUGUACACCCAUCCCUGUGCUCGAAAUCCCCACUGCAGGGGACAAGAAAUCUGAUGUGAAGACCAGCCGGGCCAUCAACCCCACCCUGCCCACCACGGUACAGCCUGGCCGUGUCGGACGCACCUGGUACCUGCAACCCUUUGGACCAGAUGGAAAGCUGAAGACAUGGGUGUAUGGCGUGGCGGCAGGUGUCUUUGUCCUCCUGGUAUUUAUAGUGUCGAUGAUUUACCUCGCAUGCAAAAAGCCAAAGAAACCUCAGCGAAGACAAAACAAUAAUCGACUGAAACCCCUGACCCUGGCAUAUGACGGAGAUGUGGACAUGUAGCCUUUCUCGGAAAACUAACGUCAUGAAAGUAUCAUCAGCAAAUGGUUGAAUCUCAUGAAAACAUGGGUCACAUUAUACCCCAAAUUCUAAUGAA